CAGGCAAUUACAUCAUUGAAUUAAAUAAUUGAUCCCAGCAAGGAUUUUAGAUACAUGAACUUGUGCCGUUCUUCUGAAAUCGUCGCAGCAUUUUUUUGUGUCAAAAGACAGAGAAACAAGAAUAGCAGAAGCGGAAUAUAUGAAGAGGAAGAUGAUGAGUAUUGAGUAGGUAAAGUGAGUGAAGUAGGAAUCACAAUGGCUGUCCCUCAAACUCCAACCACAUCUCCAAAUCUGUAUCCACAAGAACUUCAGUUAAAACUAUAUCAGGCCUUCAUUUUCUCAAUUCCAAUCCUAUUUUCCAUCAUUCUCUUUCUCUUGUUUUAUUUGUUCUACCUCAAGCGCAGAGCUUCCUCUCUCUCUUCCCCUCCUCACUUUCUUCCUACCACUGCUCCUUCAACUACCUAUCAUUCCACCCCUUGUCGCUUGGAUCUGACGCUUCAGUUCCUCGACACUCUUCCAAAAGUUUUAUUUGAUGAAGAAUUGAAAGAAAAAGAUUCACAAUGUUGUGUGUGUCUGGGAGAAUUUGAGAUGAAAGAAGACGUAUUACAGAUCCCUCAGUGCAAGCAUGUGUUUCACAGAGAUUGCAUUUACCAUUGGCUCCAUUCACACUCCACUUGCCCACUGUGCAGAUGUUGUAUCAUUCCUCCCACCAAGUUUCUGAAUCCACCACCCCUUCCUCCACCUCCUCCUCUUGCGGACGAAGCUGCUUCUGCUUCUGCUUCUUCCAACUAAUAACGACACAUAUUGCAGUGGUGAUGGCUUAGUAGCUUGGUGAUAUGUAAGUUUUUCUUUGUAAGCGAAAUGUCACGGGUUUGUUGCAACUUGUAACUUUAGAUUGUAAGUGUCUGCCAUUGUAAUUCC